CCCUUCUCUAUGCGUUUUUCGCUCUAACCCUAUGUUAUAGUGCCAAGCACCGUUUCCAGAAUGGUCUCGUCCGCUGUUUGUCGCCGUCGUCGGCCCAAAAAAUUAUCAACAAAUUUCUCCCGUUCUCGUUCCAAAAAUUUUUCCUUACUGCAACAUUCUACCACUGGUCGUAUCACACGAACACUUAUCUAUCUAAUCUAUAGCAUAUCGCCUGUGCGUAACUGGAUACACUUACUUGUUACUGUGCUCCUUUUGUUAUAGCCCGUUACUGCCAUUUGUAUCAUCCUGUAUUAUAGGUGGAAAAAUAGUGGAAAUUAUCAGUUUGAUUAUCGUGUUUGUGGUGCCGUGUUCGAAGAGAUUCUGGCUGAUAAGUAAGUCCACAGAUACGUGAAUUCGCCGAAUCCAUCCAAUCAUAUUCUUUUGUUUUUCAUCAAUUGAUAUUAUAGCACUCCUCCAGCCAAAAUGGUUAGACCAGACAUUCCUGACGAUCUUUCAGAAAACCCCGAGCUCUAUGGCUUGAGAAGAUCACAUCGAGAGAGAAGAACCAAUGCUAUAGUUGAGAGUGACAGCGAAGAAGAGGCUCCUAGAAGAAAGAGGAGAGACUAUCAUGAUGACUAUGACGAGGAUGAUAACGAUGAAGACGACGAUGUGGAAGAUGACAUUGAAGACGAAGAUGACGAUUUCAUAAUGGGCAAUGCUAAACCUAAAAGGGGACCUAAAGUAGGGAGAAAACCUGGCAGAAAGCCUGUAAAAAAGAGGAAGGCCGAAGAGAUUCCAGUUGAGCUUAGAUUCUCGGCUAGAAAUAAUAGACAAGUUAACUAUCAAGUUGAUUACGAGAAUGACGAUGAUUUGCUUGAAAGCGGAGCUGAAGACGAUGAAGAUGACCACGGGGACUACUACUACUAUCAGCAGGCCACCGAGACUGAGAAUGAACGUGGUAUCGACCUUGUUAUGGACCAUAAACCCAAUGAUGAGAACCCCGAGAAGACCGACGAUCCAAAAUACGAUUUCCUAUUCAAGAUCAAGUGGACAGAUGCAUCUCACCUUCAUAAUUCGUGGGAGUCUUGGACUACCCUUAAAGAUUUCAAGGGGUUCAGAAAAGUUGAUAACUACAUCAAGCAAUUCAUCAUAAUGGAUGAGGAAAUCAGAAAUGACCCAUUGACUACCAAGGAAGACAUAGAAGCCAUGGAUAUUGACCGUGAAAGAAGAAGAGACGAACAGGAAGAAUACACUCAAGUGGAAAGAAUCGUCGACAGCGAAAGAGUCGAAGAAGAUGGAGAGAGUAAACUUCGUUACUUCUGUAAAUGGAAAAGACUCUAUUACGACGAAUGCUCGUGGGAAGAUGCAGAAGAGAUUGCUACCAUAUCUCCUGAUCAAGUAGCCAAAUAUCAGCAAAGGCUCAAGUCAAAAAUCUUGCCAAACUUAUCGGCUAACUAUCCACAAUCAUCAAGACCAAGAUUUGAAAAGUUGGUCAAACAGCCAGUUUUUAUCAAGAAUGGAGUCUUAAGAGAUUUCCAAUUAACCGGAUUAAACUGGAUGGCAUUCUUAUGGUCAAGAAACGAGAACGGUAUUUUAGCAGAUGAGAUGGGUUUGGGUAAAACCGUUCAAACCGUCGCAUUCUUAUCUUGGUUGAUUUAUGCUAGAAGACAAAAUGGUCCUCAUUUAGUUGUUGUUCCAUUAUCUACAAUUCCUGCAUGGCAAGAAACCUUUGAAAAGUGGGCACCAGAAGUGAAUUGUAUUUACUACCUUGGUAACACCCAAGCUAGAAAAACUAUAAGAGAUUACGAAUGGUAUAAUUCAAAUGGUAAGCCAAAGUUCAACAUUGCAUUGACUACUUAUGAGUAUAUUUUGAAAGAUAAAGUUGAAUUGGGCUCAAUCAAAUGGCAGUUCUUAGCAGUCGAUGAAGCUCACAGAUUGAAGAAUGCGGAGUCGUCUUUGUAUGAGUCUUUGAAGCUGUUUAAAGUCUCCAACAGGUUAUUGAUUACCGGUACUCCUUUGCAAAAUAACAUUAAAGAGCUUGCGGCUUUAUGCAAUUUCUUGAUGCCUGGAAAAUUCAAUAUCGAGCAGGAAAUUGACUUUGAAACACCUGAUGAUGAACAAGAAGAGUACAUUAAGGACCUUCAACGUGAAAUCCAACCCUUCAUUUUGAGAAGAUUGAAGAAGGACGUGGAAAAAUCUCUUCCAUCUAAAACAGAACGUAUUUUGAGAGUCGAGUUAUCAGAUAUGCAAACCGAUUACUAUAAAAAUGUUAUCACCAAGAAUUACUCAGCUUUGAACGCUGGUAAUAAAGGAUCUCAAAUCUCCCUUUUGAAUGUUAUGAGUGAGUUAAAGAAAGCAUCCAAUCAUCCUUAUUUAUUUGAUGGGGCCGAAGAUAGAGUAUUAAGUAAAGUGGGUUCUACUUCUCGUGAAACUGUUUUGAGAGGUAUGAUUAUGUCAUCUGGGAAAAUGGUAUUAUUAGAACAACUUUUGACCAGAUUGAAGAAGGAAGGUCACAGGGUUUUGAUUUUCUCACAAAUGGUGAGAAUGUUGGAUAUUCUUGGUGAUUACCUUUCCAUUAAGGGUUACAAGUUCCAAAGAUUGGAUGGUGGUAUUCCCUCUGCCCAAAGAAGAAUUUCUAUCGACCACUUCAACGCACCAGAUUCCCAAGAUUUUGUUUUCCUUUUAUCCACUAGAGCCGGUGGUUUGGGUAUCAAUUUGAUGACUGCCGAUACUGUGAUUAUCUUUGAUUCAGAUUGGAAUCCUCAAGCAGACUUACAAGCCAUGGCAAGAGCACACAGAAUUGGUCAAAAGAACCACGUUUCAGUCUACAGAUUUGUUAGUAAGGACACUGUCGAAGAACAAAUUUUGGAAAGAGCUAGAAAAAAGAUGAUUUUAGAAUAUGCCAUCAUUUCUCUUGGUAUCACAGAUCCUAGUUCUAAAAAGUCAAAAACUGAACCUUCAGCUAAUGAAUUAACUCAAAUCUUAAAAUUUGGCGCUGGUAAUAUGUUCAAAGCAAACGAAAACCAGAAAAAGUUGGAGGAUUUGAACUUAGAUGAAGUCUUGAACCACGCCGAAGAUCAUGUUACUACUCCUGAUUUGGGAGAAUCCAAUCUUGGUUCUGAAGAGUUUUUGAAGCAAUUCGAAGUCACUGACUAUAAGGCAGAUGUUGAAUGGGAUGACAUUAUUCCUGAAGAAGAACUUUCUAAAUUGAAGGAUGAAGAGAAGAAGAAGGCGGAUGAUGAAUAUUUGAAAGAGCAGAUUGCCAUGUACUCCAGAAGAAAGGCCACCGUGCGUAAGUUUGAAAACGGCGGAGACUCUGGAAUACCUAGUGAAGAUGAUAACGAUGAGGAUGAAGAUGGAUCAAGAAAGAAGAGAAGAAGAACAGCUGGAGACCAUCAACUUUCUGAGAAGGAGAUCAGAGGAAUAUACAGAUCCAUUUUAAAGCUUGGUGAUCUUACUGGGAAGUGGGAAUUGUUAGUUGAAGAAGGAAGUAUAUCGAACAAGAACCCCGUUUUGAUCAAGCAUGCUUACAAUCAAAUCAUCAACAUGUCCAAACAAUUGGUUAAAGAAGAAGAAAACAGAAGAACCAAGGUGUUAGCCGAGUUGGAGAAGAAAGCCAUGGAGCUGAAAGACAAAAACGUUGUUGAUGCCAAUGGAAAUAAUCCUACCGCACUCUGGAUUGCCAAAAAGAAAGAAAAGAAAGCGGUUCUCUUUGAAUACCAGGGUGUCAAGAAUAUUAACGCUGAAUUGGUGUUAACCAGACCAGUUGACAUGAAACUCUUGGAAGAGUUGGUGCCUGCUGAUAAUCCAACCAAAUUUGAAUUACCUAAACAACCUAAGCAAGUAAGUGCAUGGUCUUGCGAAUGGUCACCAAAGGAUGAUGCCAUGUUAUUGGUUGGUGUAUAUAAAUUUGGUUACGGGUCAUGGGUCCAAAUUCGUGACGACCCUGUUCUCGGAUUGCAAAAUAAGUUAUUCUUGGAGGGCGCUACUGGAAAAGAAACCAAGGAGGAGAAAGCCAACAAAAAAGUUCCUGGUUCUGUUCACUUGGGAAGACGGGUUGACUAUUUGUUUACUUUGUUAAAUGGUCAGGACGACAGCCCUGGCUCUGCAUCUAGUACUACUUCAGUCAAGAAGAAGAGAAAGCCCAAGACCGAUUCCCCAGCACCAAGCAAUGGCAGCAAUAUUUCAGCAGCAAGCAACGGAAAGCGCUCUAGUAAGGCACAGUCGCCAGAUGUUCAAAGAAAGCCCAAAAAGAUGCCUGUGGCUGCUACAGUCAAGGCCGAGCCUUCUGAAGAUUUGGAAUAUGAGAGUAUGGACGAGGGUGCCUGUAAGAGCACACUUAAGCCGGUAUCCAAGUCCUUGAUGAAAUUGCACCGUGGUAACAAGGGAAUGGAGAAACAUGAAUGGGCCAACACCUUGAGAAGCGAGUUGAUUUUGAUUGGUGAUUUCAUUGGAGAACAGGUGGACCAAGCAAAGAGCAGUCAAAAAGAGAAGAUGAAAAAACACUUGUGGUCGUAUGCCAGUCUUUACUGGCCAGCCAAAGUUCCUAGUCGGAAGAUCAAUGACAUGUACAGUAGAAUCAAGAUCCAAUCGCGUGCCCCAAAGAAACCACUGAAGGGAUAGUGUAUAGUAUAAUAAAUGUUACGAUAAGAG